CCAUCUGUCCAUCUAUAUAUCAAUCAAACAAACGAUUACGCCACCAUGGACGGGAGCGAUCCGCUCGCCGCCUCAUCCUCAGCCCGGUCUACGCCCGCGUCCCAGCCAAAGAAAAAGGCCCGUCGAGGAACCGACUCGGCAAGCCAGAAGCGAAGAUGCAUCAGCACCGCCUGCGUUGCCUGUCGCCGGCGCAAGUCCAAGUGCGAUGGCGCGCUGCCGAGCUGUGCCGCCUGUGCCAGCGUCUACGGCACUGAAUGCGUCUACAACCCGAAUUCCGACCAUCGCCGCAAGGGAGUGUACCGAGAAAAGAUUGACAGCAUGAAGGCCCAGAACUCGACGCUGCAAAUCAUCGUUGAAGCAAUCCUAAACGCCAACGAAGACGAGGUCCCCGAAGUCGUCAACAAGAUCCGGACAUGCGACAACCUCGACACCGUGGCCCAGGAGCUCUUGGCCAUGAGCUCUGAAGUCAAGGAAGAAGAUUUCGACGAUGAGACUGACCAUAGUGCCAUGUCCUUCUUGCCCGUGCAAGGAGAACGGGAGCUGGCUGGGAAAAUGGGAGAGCUGCGCCUGGAAAAUGGCUCACUGCGCUUCAUUGGCGGCACCUCUCAUCUCAUCUAUCUGGGCGACCCUCACCACGACGACCUCACCUAUGACUCGCCUUCAGAGCCGGGGACCUUCAACGAGAACCCCGUCACCUCCUGGACCCGCGUCACCACCGACCCACGCCUCAUCAUGCACCUGAUGAAUAUGUAUUUCAAUUAUCACUAUCCCUACUUCACCACGCUUUCGAGAAAGCUCUUUUGGCGCGAUUUCAUGAGGGGCAAAGCAAGGCUUCUGCCAGGCACGGUAUAUUGUUCCUCGCUACUCGUCAACGCAAUGCUGGCGCUAGGUUGUCAUUUCACCGAUAUCCCAGGCGCGUUUGGCAUACCCGGAGAUAGCAGGACAAAGGGAGACCAUUUCUUUGCCGAGGCUAAACGACUCAUCACCGAGAAUGACGAGUAUGAGAAGCCCCGACUCGUGACCGUACAAGCUCUGGCCCUCAUGUCCGUGAGAGAGGCGGGAUGCGCAAGAGAGGCCAAGGGCUGGGUAUAUAGCGGCAUGAGCUUCAGGAUGGCCCUCGACAUUGGUCUCAACCUCGAGGUGGAUGGAUUGGACAAGGAGCAUAUGACGGAAGAAGAGAUUGACGCUCGGCGCAUCACCUUUUGGGGAUGUUUCUUAUUCGACAAGACUUGGUCCAACUAUUUGGGACGCCUGCCGCAACUCCCUAGACACUCCUUCACUGUCUCCAAAAUCGACGUCUUCCCCGACGAAGACGCUGCGCUAUGGUCGCCAUUUACCGACAAGGGAUUCGACGAAUCACUCGCUCAGCCGUCGAGAACGCGAGCAGCUGCGCUCCACUUGUCAAAGCUGUGUGAAAUCAGCAACGACAUACUUGUCUUCUUCUACCAUCCGAGCCAUAUAAAGAGAGCUAGCAGCAAGUCUCUCGAACUCAAAAGGCUUGGCGAGCUUCAUCAACGACUCGAAGAAUGGCGGAAGGAUCUGCCCAAAGAAUUCGAGCCAAAGGAAGGCUUGCUGCCAAAUGUGAUAUUGAUGCUCUCAUUCUUCCAUCUCCAGUAUAUCCACCUCUUUCGACCAUUCUUGAAAUAUUCGCCAUCCACAUCUCCUCUACCCUCCCACAUAUCUCCAAGGCGAAUAUGCACCGCAAAUGCGGGUGCUAUUUCCAAAUUAAUGAGAUUAUACAAGAAAUCAUGGAAUCUUCGACAAAUUUGCAAUAUUGCGGUCUACAUGAUUCACAGCGCAUGCACAAUCCAUCUGCUCAACCUCCCGGAGAAGACUGCCAAGAGAGACCUCAAUCAUGGUCUUCGACAUCUGGAAGAAAUUGCCGAAGAUUGGCUCUGUGCCAGGCGGACGCUGAGCAUUCUUAGUGUUCUGGCAAGGAAAUGGAGGUGCGAACUACCGGAGGACGCAGAGAUGAUCCUCAAGCGCACAGAUGAAAGAUUUGAAUACUACAGCACAUCUGAAGUUCCAUCGCCUGGAUCGAGCAGCAACGUAGCACCUACAUCGCCG